CGUAUCCGUUGACAGAUUUGCCGACAUUUUCCCGUUUCUUUGUCGCCAGAUCAACCAGGCCAAGAACAGACUGGCCAACAUCCUGCCCUUCGACGGGAACAGAGUCCGCCUGACGCCCAUCCGCGGCGUGGAAGGUUCGGACUAUAUCAACGCGAGUUUCAUCGACGGAUACCGAACCCGACAAGCGUACAUCGGCACGCAGGCGCCCAUGACGAGCACCGUUGAAGACUUCUGGCGGAUGGUGUGGGAGCACAAAUCCUGCAUCAUCGUCAUGAUAUGCCGUCUCCAUGAAGCGGGCAAGGUAGGUCGUGGCUGCCAACUGGAAGGUACUUUGUGCGACUCUGCGACGACUUUCGCCAACUUCCGUGUCUGGCCUGGUUGUUUCACACAUUUUCCACCAAAUCACUUUCACCCCCUUCGUGUGUCCCACUUGCAGGAGAUGUGCUAUCCGUACUGGCCGACAGAGAGGCCGGCGCGCUACCAAUUCUUCGUGAUCGACCCCGUCGCCGAGUACACGAUGGCCGGUUACAUCCUGCGCGAGUUCAAGGUGACCGACGCCAGGGACGGCGAAUCGCGUACAGUGCGCCAGUUCCAGUUCACAAAGUGGCCGGAUCAAAUUGUGCCGAGGAACGGAGACAAUUUCAUAGAUCUGAUCGGACAAGUGCACAAGACGAAGGAUCAGUUCGGUCAGGACGGACCAAUCACGGUUCAUUGCAGGUACCAACUGGAGGGGAGGAAACGUGUCAAAAGUGGGCUUUAA